AUGUGCCAGUCCAGCUGCUCCACGGGCUGCCAGCAGGCCUGCUGCGUGCCCAGCUCCUGCCAGACGUCCUGCUGCGUGCCCAGCUCCUGCCAGGUCUCCUGCCAAGCAUCAUGCUGUAUGCCCACGAGUUGCAAGCCAGCUGUGUGCGUGCCCGUGACCUGCAAGCCAGCUGUGUGCGUGCCCAUGACCUGCAAGCCCGUAGUGUAUGUGGCUCCCUCCUGCCAGUCCUCUGGGGCCUGCCAGCCCUCCUGCCCCACCCUGCUCUGCAGGCCUGCCCCCUGUGGUACCCCUACCUGCUGCUGA